AUGCCCGCGUUCGCGGGAUGUCCCCAUCUCCUCUGCUUGCCUCCCAAUCUCCCUGCCUGCCAGCGGGAGCUGCUGAGCUCAGCUGGAGAUCCUGCGACUGCCCGAACGAACGGGGCGCACAGAAUUGGGCAGCAGGCGACGGGGCGCACACGAGGACACAGAGACCCCCGAGCAGAGCUCAUCUUGUGGUGUGCUGCUCAGCCAUUCUCUUUUCUGCGGCCCGAUUCCCCUUCGCCGACGCCCGAUUCCCCUUUCCCGUCGCCUGGUGCCCCUUCCCGCCGCCCGGUUUCCCUUUCCCGCCGCCACGAAACCUCAGUCACGCUGCACGAUUCCCCUUCUCGCCCCCCGAUUCUUCUUUCCCACCGGCCGAUUCCCUUUCCCGUCGCCCUACUCCCUUUCCCGUCGCCCUACUCCCUUUCCCGUCGCCCUACUCCCUUUCCCGUCGCCCGAUUCACGUACCCGCCGCCUGGUUCCCCUUCCGCGUCGCCUGAAUCCCCUUUCCCGCCCAUUGGGCGGGCCGGCCGACCGCCCCUUUUCGCCGUCCGAUUCCCCUUUCGCGCCGCCGGAUUCCCGUUCCCUCCGCCCGCUUCCCCUUUCCCGCCGCCCGAUGCGCCUUCCCGCCGCCCGAUGCGCCUUCCCGCCGCCCGAUUCCCAUUUCCCGCCGCCCGAUUCCCAUUUCCCGCCGCCCGAUUCCCAUUUCCCGCCGCCAGACUUCCCUUCCCGCCUCCCUAUUCCCCUUUCCGUCGCCCGACGUUCCCUCCCUACGUUCCAUCCCUUCCCUCCCUUCUCUCCCUUCCCUCCCUUCUCUCCCUCCCACCCUUCACUCCCUUCCCUCCCUUCCCUCCCUUCCCUCCCUUCACUCCCUUCCCUCCUAUCUCUCCCUUCCCGCCCUUCUCUCCCCCCUUACCUUCUCUCCCUUUUCGAACCUUCCCUCUCAUCCCUCCUUGCAAUCUCCUGUCCCUCCCUUCUCUCCCGUCCCUCCCUUCUCUCCCGUCCCUCCUUUCUCUCCCGUCCCUCCCUUCUCUCCCGUCCCUCCCUUCUCUCCCGUCCCUCCCUUCCCUCCCUUCCCAGCCUUCUCUUUAUUUUCUCCCUUCUCUCCCUACCCGCCCUUCUCUUCCCCCCUACCACCCUUUUCUCCCUUCCAUCCUUUCCAUCCCUACCACCCUUUUCUCCCUUCCAUCCUUUCCAUCCCUACCACCCUUCUCUCCCUUCUCUCCCUUCUCUCCCGCUCCUCUCUUCCCUCCCUUCCCUUUCUGCUCCUCUCUUCCCGCCCUUCCCUCUCUGCUCCUCUCUUCCCUCCAUUCCUGCUUCCUGUAA